UUGUUGACAAAUCAUAGAUUUUAAGAAGUUGCUGGGUGUCAACUAAAGUAAACUAAUAACAACCUACGCAAAACGACAUUUACACAGCUAGCUAGUCCAGAAUUGCGUAACAGUUUUCCAACAGUGGAGUUGUUUAACUCCACGUCGUAUUUCCGACGACCCUGUGAGUCUCGGUUCACCGAUAUAACGUUAGCUAGCAGGCUAACGGCUACUCCAACUGACAUUCAACUGACAUGGUAACGUUAACGUUACACGAGGGGGCUCAACUGCUCUCACAGCGGAGUGCCGAACAGGACAUUACCAUGACUGCAAUCCAGGCAUGACAGGUGAAACCGGACAGAGGAUCAACAUGAUGGAGGCACCGGGCAGAGCCGCCAACUUAUCGUAUGUGGAGGACUCUCCUGUCUCCCCCAGCAUGUCCAUUGACAAGCUGUUCCCCGCUCUCUUGGAGUGCUUUGGGAUAAUAUUAUGUGGAUACAUCGCAGGGAGAGCAAACAUCAUCACGUCCACCCAGGCCAAAGGAUUGGGGAAUUUCGUGUCCAAGUUUGCCCUCCCAGCGCUGCUGUUCAAGAACAUGGUACUGUUGGACUUCGGUAAUGUCAUCUGGCCAUUCCUCUGGAGCAUCCUCGUUGCCAAAGUGUCUGUGUUUUUCAUUGUCUGUGUUCUCACGCUGAUAGUUGCCAGUCCUGAGAGCCGCUAUAGUAAAGCUGGACUUUACUCAAUAUUUGCCACCCAAAGCAAUGACUUUGCCUUGGGAUAUCCUAUUGUUAUGGCCCUAUACCAGAGCACAUACCCAGAGUACCUCCAGUACAUCUACCUGGUUGCACCUGUGUCCCUGAUGCUUCUAAAUCCCAUUGGCUUUGCUCUCUGCGAGAUCCAGAAGUGGAAGAAUCAGGGAGACAACCAACAGAGAAAACUCCUGGUCGUGGGACUUGUAGUUUUACAGGUCCUGAAGAACCCUAUAGUGUUCAUGGUUGUCAUCGGCAUCAUCGCCCAUUUUGUCCUGCACCAGACAAUUCCUCCCUUCAUGGCUGAAUUUGUGGACGGCUUGGCCAACUCUUUCGGGGGAGCAGCUCUGUUCUACUUGGGUCUGUCCAUGGUGGGACAGUUGGGGAAAUUAACCAGAUCCUCUGUCGUGACACUGAUAUUACUCAUAACAGCAAAACUGUUGCUGAUGCCGCUGAUUUGUAAGGAGAUGGUGGAUGUACUAGACAAUAGCAACACCAGCACUUUGAACCACUCGAGCCUCUCCAAUUAUGCCUUCCUUUAUGGAGUGUUUCCCACUGCACCAAGUGUCGCCAUCUAUGCCGUCUAUUAUAACGCAGAGCUAGAAGUUGUGACUGCUGGGAUGGUGAUCAGCACUUUUCUCUCAGCUCCAAUAAUGUAUGUUUCUGCCUGGUUACUUACAAUGCGAUGGAUGGAUCCUCAGCUUUUGAUGAAUUCCCUGCAGAAUGUCAGCUUCAACAUAAGCAUAGUGAGCUUGGUUGCACUGGUAUGGACAAUUACUGUCAUGUUUUUAAGUAAGAAAUUCAAGCGGCUACCUCACGUGUUUACCAUCAACCUAUUUUUGGCACAGUUUCUAACUUGUUUUGGGAUGAUCCUGUGGAACUUUGUGGUUAAAGACGACAACUUCGUCGGGCAGGUCUUGACUUUCACAUUAUUAUGUACCUCACUCUACAGUACCUACGUUUGGCCAGGUUUAAUAGCACUCUCUCUUGUGCUCAUGAAAAGGUUUGAGGAUGUGAAAGUUUCACGAGGCAUCUUCUUCAUUGCCGGAUGGGGGGUCCCAGCCUUAGUAACUGCUUUGUUGCUCAUUUCUGGGGAAAGACUGUCUGGCACGAUUGACUCCGCUUUCUUUUACGGCAAAGAGCAGAUAAUCUGCACCACAGUUGUAAUUGCCUUCAGUAUACUGCUCGGGGGGAGCUCUCUUAUAUGUCUCAGUAGAGUAAGCUGGGCACACAAUGACCAAAUUCAAGAGGGAAACUCUACAGAGAAUCUUGUGAGCGAAGAAGAACCGGAAAACCAGUCUCUGUUUGAACCAAUCACCCCAUCAGGAGAUCUCAACGGAGAGUGCCUCACAUGUGACUUUGCCCCACCCCAGCCCAUGCCUGACAUGAUCAUCAGCACAAAUAUGAACAACACACCAACGACACUUACAGGUCAGUGUGAGAGUAGGUGUGAGUCCGCAGACUGCCUGCUUGUCGAAGUGGAGGAGCGCCAACAGGUUGAGGAUAUACAAGUGGCCCGUCAUGUGCUCUUAUGUCUCCUUCUGACUGUCAGCUUGCUUGCUAACCUGUCCAGCUGCUUGUGGUUGCUCUUGAAUCCUGUUCCUGGUAGACUCUACUUGGAGCUGCUGUUCUUCUGUGCUGUGGCCAACUAUGGACAGGGUUUGCUCUCCUUUGCUCUGUUUGGGAUGGACAAGCAUUUGAUUAUACUGCCAUUUAAGAAGAGGUUGCAUAGUCUGUUUUAUGGAAAGAAGCAAGAAGAGCAGCCGCAGACUAAUUUACCUGAGGAGAUCAGGAUGACCUGCACCCAGUUCACCAAAUACCACAAAGACCAGUGUUUCCAUGACAUAGUCAAAAAGAGAAGGUGUGGGAAGAAGACUAUGGUGGACAGUUUUCUUGGCUGUGAACUUGUGGAGUGGCUGCAGCAGGUGGGCUUGGCUCAGGAUCUUGGUGAGGCGGUACACUACGGGACACGGUUACAGCAGGGCGGUGUGCUCCAGCACAUAGGGCAGGAACACGACUUCCAAGACGGUCGCCAUUUUUAUCGCUUCAUGACAUAAGAUACAAGGUCAACAUUUAUUUCCCUUUUUUUUUUUUCUUCCCAUAAAAGGUAAAUGUGGCCUUUUAGUUGAGAUACUGCCAAAUACAUUUUGAGGUCAGGCAACACGAAGCACAACGCUGACCUUUUAAGAAGUACCUUCACCCAGACUGCAAAUUGUGUUUGUACCGCCAUGCUGUGUGCACAUACCUGCACAGUACAGCCCUUCACAAUGCAGUAUUGUGCAGCACAACAUCCCGGUCGGGUUUUGGAACAGACCACACCUUGACUGUGAUGUUGUGUGUGAGUGUGUGUGUGUGUAUGAGUAUUCAGAAGCGCAACAGACUUGAAACUUUUAAACUUAAAAAAAGGCCAGGACAUAAUGUUGUGUGUGGAGUUGGUCGUAAAGGGAUUUUUCUUUUUCUUUUUUAAAUCACGUGUAAUAUUUUUGCAGUUCAACAUUUGACAUCACUCACAAGGAUCAUUGCUGAGAUCUUGAGUUGCAGCAACAUUGCUCCACCAGUCAAUGAGGAAAGGAACAGAUGAUUGUACAUGUACAGGAAACAAAACCAUUUCUUUUGAGGUAAAACCUAAUGUAGGAGUACCUGAAAUGGCAGUUAUAAUCUAUCAAUGUGUGGGAAAACUAGAGUUUUAAUUGGGAAGUCGGUUUUCAAUUCUGAUGUCUACAACAGAUAUUAAUAAUUUUAAGAUUUGCCAGUUUCCCUCACAAUAUAGUAAACUGCUUUUUAUUUACAUGUCAAAUAGUCUUAUAGUCUGUCUGACCCAGUUGUGGUGAUGACGCUGCAUUCUUUAAUCUGCAAUGAAGCUGGUGAAUAAAAUAUUAACAUAUCUGAAAAGGACUGAUGGCCAAAACUACAAAAAUAAGAACCAAGAUGUUUUUCUUUUAAUAUUAAUAACAGAUGACAUUUGAAGGCAUUUUAAAAGCAGUCAAUGCAUGCACUUUCAGUUGUUAUUUUUUAUGUUGUGUAAUUUUGGAAGAAACUAUGCACAAAGAGCUGUCUAAAACUAAAUAUAUGCAUUUCUUCACUGGGACACUUGGGAGUGUAUUCUCACUCUUACCGAAGCCACUUGCCAAAGAAAUUGGUUAAAUAUGCCCCUUUUUUUUAACAGUUUUGUUUGUGGUCAGUUUAAUUUAACGUUAGUUUCACCAGUUAAUUAACUGGUUAUGCAGCUUGAAGCACGAGUAUUGUAGCCUUGAUAAACUGCAGUUUAACAUGAUUUGAUAUGACGACAGCGGUUUCACUGUUUAUCAGCGCUGCUGGUUCAGAGAGGGAAAAAGCAUUUUCUAUGUUUCAAUGGAAAUGUUAAACUUGUUUUAUUACUUUAAAGUUAUUAUUAAUUAGUAAUAACCAUAAGAAAUAAGUGUCAGAACUCAAUGUCAAUGCAUGCGUUUACUUGAAAAUUUUGGCUGCUGUCAUACAUUUAUUCUCAGGUAUAUAGUAAUAUAAGAAAAUUAUACUUUUGUAGCUUUAAGUGCAAAGGUUUUAUGUUCAUUAACUUAAAUCACAGAGAAAACUCAUGUAAAAGUGUCUUUAAUAAGAAAUGCAGUGGUUGUAUAUUAAUGAUAUGGAUUUGUUUUUAAAAUAAAUAUUCCCAAACCCUCAAA